AUGGAGGAGCCACUCUUCUUCACGGUGACCUCCAGUGAGGAUCCGGAGAGCCCGCUGCACUUUCAGCUGAGCAAGGCAGAUGACCCGCUGAAGGUUGGGAGGAACAAGAAGAGUGGGAUCGUUGUGAACCAGCCGGGUGUCUCCUGGGUUCAUCUGGAGAUCAAGCUCUCGCAAGGUGCAGACGGCCUUUGCCUGCGUGAUGUCUCCACGAAUGGAGUGGGAAUUCGGCGGAGGGGAGCUGGGCUGCAGAAGGUUGAGAAAGAGGUGGACACUGACCUCCCUUCGGGCACCGUGGUGGUCCUGCCGUUUCGCGUGCGGCCAGCCCCUGGUCAGACCGAAGCGUCUUUGCAGACAUCGUUAACGUUUAGCAUCGAUGGGGAAGAUUCUCUCUCACCUUCGAGCGAGCUCACCGAGUCGGAGGACCCGGAUGCAGCCGCCGAUGUGGAGACCUUCAACCCCCAGGACGCGCCUGAGAAUGGGAAAGGUCUGGAGGCGCCAAAGGGCAAGCGCAAAAAAGAUGGCAAAGACAAGCCUGCAAAGGACAAAAAGAGGAAGGUGAAGCAUGAGUUUUCAGCAGGACAGUUUGUCCGCGUGGUCGGUUUGAAGGCCAAGGGCGAGCUGAAUGGCAAAGUGGGCCUCCUGGUGGAGUGGGACAAGGCAAAAGGCUACUGGAAAGUCCGGAUGGAAGAUGGUUCUGGGAAGGCUUUUCGAUCAGCGAACCUGGAGCCGCACGUCGUGCCGCCGCCCGCCCCUGCGGGAAGCUCGAAAGCCGCAAGCACUGUGCCACCGCCGCCUCCAGACGAGCCAGCUCCCAAGGAGCAGGGCCAGGAGGUGCCGCCCCCGCCGCCAGCGAUGGAGGAGGAUGCGGCCAAGGUUCUGCCGUUGCCACCCGCGCCUGCAGCACAUGUCAAGAAGGCUGCGCCUCGUCCACCGCCCGGGACGCUACCGGGGGCACCGACGGCGCUUCCUGGGGCGCCUCUGUCGCUGACGAUGCCGCUUCCGGGCCUGCCACUCACGGUGCCGACCAUGAUGCCAAUGGCAGGGCUGAUGGGCAGCAUGGUGCCUGUGAUGCCGCCGGGGCUUCCCCUGAUAGGAAUGCCCCCUGCCGCGGUGCCUUUGGCGAUACCUCCGCCUGUGCUGCCGAAGAGGUAA